GGCCGGGUUCCCGCUAGCCGGCGCCACGCACUGGCCGGCCCGGCCGGGGACAGUCAGGAAGGCGGCGCCGGUGGUGGGGCGGGGGCCUCCCGAAGUGGGUUUCAGGCCGCCACCCGCUCUGGCACUGGGCACAGAGGGUGGCGCGCGGCGCACUCCGUGCCCGGGCACCACACCGGGCUUGUCUCGGUAUCUGCCAUUCUGCCCCAGCCAGGAAAACCCGGCGCCUUCCAGGCCCUUCGAAAGAUGGAUUCUGUUGACGUAUCUGGCGGCCCUGGCGAGCAGGGUGGAAAGUUGGGUUUUGCCAGAUCGUGCUGGGAUCCUCUUUGUGCCGCUCAGCGAGUCCCGCAUCCCGCUGAAGCAGGGAACACCUCUGUUUGGGAAACUUCUCCAGGAAAAAAGAUGCCAGCAGAGGCCCUUUGCAUAGCAGGAGGAGGUGACAAAUUAUCACAAAGACAAACACUGAGACACAUUUUUGGUGGUCCCUUGAAAGACUAGAAAUAAGAGACAUGCAUGUUCCAGAAAGGCCACGUGGCACCAGAGCCAAGUGAUGGAUGACCUGCAGUCACAGAACCUCGCCAUGGACAUGACUGACUCCCCUCCCACUUUGGCCAGUAACAGAUUGGAGAAUGGUAUGGCCCAGCUCAUAACUACCGAGGCCUGGAACAUCAACUCCACUGAUCUGGUAAAGAAGGCCCUGGUGACCGUGCCGGCCCCAUCCAUUCUGAAUCCCCCAGCUGAGUCUCAGAGUGGCAUGGCUCUGAAGGUGGCAGCCACCGUGCUGCAGCCUCUGUGCCUUGGGGAAAGCCCAGUGGUGAUGCCCAUUCAUAUGCAGGUGGAGGGAAGCUCUGCACCAGAGCUCAACCCCAACGGCAACGCCACCUACGUUAUGACAACACAAGGUCCUGUGCAGCUGCCAGUGGUGUUGGAGCAGCAUGUUUUCCAGCACCUCAACUCCCCUCUGGUCCUGCCACAGGAGGCCCCAUGCUCCUCAAAUGCUAUCCACAACAACCUCUUCCAGGGGGCUGAGGACUCCGAGGCCCAGCCUCAGCUCCUGGACCUGAGGAUCCCAAGUCAGCCGCAGGAGCCCACAUUGCCAUUUGAAGCUGUGCUCCAGAAUUUAUUCCCCACCCAAGGCUCUCUGGGCCCUCCACCUUGCCAGCCUCCUCCUGGCUAUGCUCCAGUGCCUCCCCAGCCCUUUAACUCUCCCUUGUCCCCCCUAGUCCCACCAGCUACCCUCUUGGUGCCCUACCCUGUGAUUGUCCCCUUGCCAGUGCCAGUGCCCAUCCCCAUUCCUGUCCCAGUGCCUCAGAGUUCUGAAUCCAAGUUAAGCCCCAGUUUCCCCAAGCAACCAUCUUCCUUCAGCCUGCACUCCUUUAAAGGCACCCAGACCACCCUGGAAAAAGAUGAACUGAAAUCCUUAGACAUCCUCCAGCCGAAGGAGUAUUUCCAGUUCAGCCGCCACACAGUCAUCAAGAUGGGGAGUGAGAAUGAGGCUCUGGAUCUCUCCAUGAAGUCAGUGCCCUGGAUCAAGGCUGGCGAAGCUAGCUCCCCAAUCUUCCAAGAGGAUGCAGCCCUUGACCUAUCUCUGGCAGCCCACCGGAAGGCUGAGGCUCCCCCAGAGACACCAUAUGACAGCAGCGGGUCAGCAGACAGCCAGGGUCACAAUGUGCUGGAGAAACUUCCCAGUGCUAUGGAAAUGCCCUUUGCCCCUGCCAAGUCUCGUGAGGCCUCAGCCAUGAUGGAUAGCCAUAUCAGCGGCAACAAUGGCACUGAAAUGGUCAGCCAGCCCAAUCAGCCCAGCCACCCGGGCAGUGAGGUGAAGGCUGAAAAUAACAUUGAGAUUGUAAGUGAAUCCCAGGCAGCCAAGGUCAUUGUCUCAGUUGAAGAUGCUGUGCCUGCCAUCUUCUGUGGCAAGAUUAAAGGCCUCUCAGGGGUAUCCACCAAAAACUUCUCCUUCAAAAGAGAAGACUCUGUGCUUCAGGGUUAUGACAUCAACAGCCAAGGAGAAGAAUCCCUGGGAAAUGCUGAGCCCCUUAGGAAACCCAUCAAAAACCGGAGCAUAAAGUUAAAGAAAGUGAACUCCCAGGAAAUACACAUGCUCCCAAUUAAAAAACAACGGCUGGCCACCUUUUUCCCAAGAAAGUAAAUAAAGGCUUUUAAAACAUUUUUAUGAUUAUGACAUGGGGAAAGGUGCAUUGGUUUUUUAAAAAGUCAUCUAAAACAAAUUAUCUUUGUUAAUUAUUUUGGGGCAUAGGUGGGAGGCAGAAAGGCAAAUUAGCUAGAAUCAUUUUCUUUUUUAAUUUUUGACUUUUCACAAAUGAGUAAAUGAGAGCAACCUAUUUUUCAAGCAGAUUGCACAUUUUUUUGCAGCUUUAAUGGAAUAUUGGGUGAAUCAGAGGGGUAAAAACUAUUUUCAUUGCCACAAAGUGCUUUGAUGAUGUAAUACCUAAUAAAGGGUAGGAUGAAUAUUUCACAAUAAAUGUUUGUUUGCACUAA